AUGGAUAAUGUACUUCAGAGCCAAACGAUAGGACAGAAUGUGAGCGAAACACGCGAUUCCGGUUCUGUUGGACAUCACGUCAACAGUAGUGCUACUGAUAGUCAAAACAAUUGCACUUUCGGUUCAAAUACUACUUCACAGCCGAUGGCCGUCAUUACCGAAUCGGGUCUCAACUCCACUAACACUAGUUUUAUGAGCGAAGUCUAUCCUAACUUUCUGUUCUCUCCAUUGAGUAUAACUGUUAUGUUGGGUCUGUUAUUGAGGGCAUCCUCUGAUAAUGUACUUCAGAGCCAAACGAUAGGACAGAAUGUGAGCGAAACACGCGAUUCCGGUUCUGUUGGACAUCACGUCAACAGUAGUUCUACUGAUAGUCAAAACAAUUGCACUUUGGGUUCAAAUACUACUUCACAGCCAAUGGCCGUCAUUACCGAAUCGGGUCUCAACUCCACUAACACUAGUUUUAUGAGCGAAGUCUACCCUAACUUUCUGUUCUCUCCAUUGAGUAUAACUGUUAUGUUGGGUCUGUUAUUGAGGGCAUCCUCUGGUCAUUCAUAUAAUGAAUUAUACAAUGCGUUGGAAUUGAAUAAAAGUAUCGCUAAUGUAAACGAUUUCGAGAAAAGUGUGGAAAAUACGCUAAAUUACUUCAAACCAUCAUUGAAUUCAAUGGCAAACACAGAGCUAGAGAUAAGUAACGGAAUUUGUGUGAGAGAUGGCACUAAAAUCAUCACAAACUUUCUCAACGAUUCCGACAGAUAUUUCUCAGCGAAAGUCAAAGCAAUUAAUUUUAAGUUAGGUUUCGAUAAAAGCGACCAAAAGAUCUCUAAAUGGAUUGAAAACAAUACAAAGUCACGUCUUAUGUCCGACAAAAUAAGAUUAGAGCCGUUGAAAGAGGACACGAAUUUGCUUUUGUUGAACACACUAUAUCUGACUGCCGUUGACUUUCACAAUAGAUUGCUUAUUAAAAGGGAUUUCUAUGCCUUCGGAUCACGUAUUAUAAAAACACAGUUCAAUCAAAGGGCAGAAAUAGUUAACAUCACAAACAGCCCACUCUUCAAGAGUUCUUUCCUCGAAAUACCUUUCGAUGCGAACAAUAAUAACGGGAAGAGGUUUUCGUUGAUAAUAGUAUUGCCAAAUCAUAAUCACAGCUUAGAAUCGGUGGAGAAGAUUCUGUUUGCCAAUCAACACCUGUUCACCGCUCAGUUGGCAAACAUGAGCUCACAUUUGGUGAAUGUAAUGAUUCCCCAGAAUUUCAUUACACCCGAGUGUUGGAGACUCGACCGACUGUUGCCACACAUUGGCAUCAAAAGCAUAUUCCAGUCGGAGACCAGUCUUAUGACCAAAAUCAGUGCCGUUGAGAGUCUGCAUAUGAGCCGAAUAUAUCACGAAUCGUACUUACGAUUCAAACAACCCCUCAAUAAUAAUCACAUAAUUCACGGCUCGACUAACACUGAAGCCACAGGAAGUCAGAAACAAGCGACUAUUGUAUCGGAUUUCAUCGCAAACCGACCUUUCCUUUACAUCAUAAUUGAAAGAAAUAGUUCAGCCCUUUUGCUAAUGGGAAGAGUGGCUAUCAUUUAA